CACAAGGAAAAGGGGACGAAAAUGGAACUUCGAGCGCUCCCGUCGCAGUUCUCCUUCUCAACACCGCCACCAACUGCGUCCACAGCAACGGCGACCAUGGCUUCUCUCACCGGCGCCGCCACCUCCCGCCUCCUCCCCUCCGCCUCCCGAGCCCGUCUCUCUCUCUCCUCCUCCUCCUCCCCUGCUUCUCUCUCCUCUCUCCGAUGCCUCCGCGGAUCGUCCCCUCUCGUCUCUCGCCUCUUCCUCAACCAGAGGAGGCCGUCUAUGCAUUUGUCGGCCGCGCUGUACAGUGGAGUGGCGUCUCCUAAAUGUGCCGCGUCAGAUCCGGAGCAGCUGAAGGGUGCCAGGGAAGAAAUUAAGGAGCUUCUUAAGACUAAAUUCUGUCAUCCUAUUCUGGUGCGGUUGGGAUGGCAUGAUGCCGGUACUUAUAAUAAGAACAUUGAAGAAUGGCCUAAAAGAGGUGGAGCUAAUGGGAGUCUUCGGUUUGAAAUUGAGCUUAAGCAUGCAGCUAAUGCUGGUCUUGUAAAUGCAUUAAAACUUCUUGAGCCAAUCAAAGAAAAGUAUCCCAGUGUGACAUAUGCAGAUUUGUUUCAGCUGGCUAGUGCUACUGCUAUUGAGGAAGGUGGUGGUCCCAAGAUUCCCAUGAAGUAUGGAAGAGUUGAUGUCUCAAAACCUGAGGAGUGCCCUGAAGAAGGGAGGCUUCCUGAUGCUGGCCCCCCUUCACCAGCCGAUCAUCUCCGCGAAGUUUUCUACAGGAUGGGACUAAAUGACAAGGAAAUAGUUGCUUUGUCUGGGGCACACACUCUUGGAAGGUCAAGACCAGAACGUAGUGGUUGGGGCAAGCCAGAAACGAAGUACACGAAAGAUGGACCAGGAGCACCAGGUGGACAGUCAUGGACUGUGCAAUGGUUGAAGUUUGAUAACUCAUACUUCAAGGAUAUAAAAGAACAGAGGGACGAAAACCUGCUAGUAUUGCCGACUGAUGGUGUUCUUUUUGAAGAUCCUUCAUUCAAGGUCUAUGCUGAGAAAUAUGCUGAAGAUCAGGAAGCAUUCUUCAAGGAUUAUGCAGAAGCUCAUGCAAAACUCAGCAACCUUGGUGCCAAAUUUGAUCCUCCAGAGGGUAUCGUGAUAGAUGGUAAAGCUGCACCGGAGAAGUUUGUGGCUGCCACCUACUCAUCUGGAAAGGAUUAGAAAACACUGUCGCGUCUGUGCCGUGUCUUUUAAAUGUAAAAGAUGAGGAUAUUUUCAAUCGUGUGAAACCACUUCUUAAAACUUUGGGAGUCUUACCGAAGGGAGGAAUAAAAAUUCAAUGCGUGUUGCGUAUUUGAAUUGCAGAGAGAGCUCUCAGAUGCUAUGAAGCAAAAGAUCCGAGCUGAGUAUGAAGCGGUUGGUGGAAGCCCAGAUAAGCCUCUACAAUCCAACUAUUUUCUGAACAUAAUGAUUUUCAUUGCUGCUUUGGCAUUCUUGACAUCUCUCGUAGUGAAUUGAACUGAAGUUUGAGCUUGUGAGUAGUACGGCAAUUUUUAGUAUGCAAUCUAAUUCCAUUCGAGUAA